AUGGGUAAUGCUGACGCAGAAGUCAAUACUCGGCUUAAUGGACUGCAAUUCGUGGCCAAAGUCCAUGAGAUACUCAUCGGAGUUUCUUUGUCAACAAUUGUGUUGUCUUUUUUACAGCAUGAAGUUUUACGUCAAGGGAUACCCCUUGGUGGGUUCCUCAUCGCUUUCAAGAUCACCGAUCUUGGUUCGCUUCUCAGCCCGGAGUUGUGGGCUGCAGGUACAUUUGGACAUCAUUUUAAGCGUCGCUUGAUGUUUGUUGUCGUGACACUCUUUGCUAUGAUCCUAGCUGCUGUCUCUGAACCCGCGUCUGCAAUAUUGAUGUUGCCAUCCCUGGACUGGUGGAUUGUCCCAACGACAGAAUAUUCGACCUGGUCUACUGCCCAUUUUACCCUAAACGCAGAAAAGUCUCAAGUUUGGCCUACACAGGUCGACAAUUCGAGCUUUGACACGUUCUGCACUUUCGAAUCUAAUAAGUUUUCAGACAAUUGCGCAGCAGGUGGCUUCUCAGCAAUCCGGGCAUGGGCUGACAGACCCAGUUCAAAAGAAUCACAGUACUCGUGGAGCAUUACCAUGCCAAUGAACUCAAAACAAGCUUUUUACGAUCGAUUUAUUGGCGGCGCAUCAAGCUUUCAAAAAGCCCUAGAUAUGGAUAGCUUUUAUGAUGCAUAUACUUGGUGUUUGAGUCAAACUGUAUCUGUACCAACAGGCUCGCUUGUCACAUCAGUUGCCCAGAUGGUAGGACCACAAAACGAAACAUCCAGGUUUCAAGUAAUGAUCAAUGGUGAAGAUCCUCCUGCGCCACAGGUAGUUGCAGCUUGCAUAGGCAAUGACUAUAACAUAACAAAUGGAUCGAUCAAAGGGUACAAGACGCUCGAUGAUCUACCACUGCCAUUCUUAAACAGAGAUACGUCUCAGGGUAGAUAUGGGCCAAUCAGAAGUCCGGCAUGCACUCGAGAUGUGGAAAAGCGCUCGGGGAGGACCCUCAGCGACAUGGAUGCAGUCAAAAAAUAA